GUUGGGAUAGGACCUCCGUGGAGAGAUACAAGAACAGAUAGGAGGAGAGAGAGGGAAACAGAGAGAACGGUAGAUGAACGGCGACUUUAUUGUGACAGUUCAUCGGUUCCACGGCGAACAUUAACCGCGGGGAAACGCUUCUUUGCCGCUGACGAAAGGUCGGGAGACAGAGAGGAGUAGUGAGACGAGUAGAGACGGAGGGGGGCAGCCGACUUUCUCUGAAGUUGAAGCCAGAAUUGCACUCGUUAACUGCCGGGGAGGAAGAGGAGACCAGCGACCUGCAUUUUUUUUUUUUUUGGAUUUGUCAGACGAAGGAGGAGGCGGGGGGUGGGGGAAAGAAAUACGGGUACAGAAAGCUCGCGAAUUCAAUGAACAAAAAGUUGAAGUUUGGCGUCCGCCGUGGCAGUCGGUAAAUGUUGUGACACUUUAGGAUAUAGCGUAAAUUGCUCCAGCGGUCGACGGUCGAGUGGCGGGGUAAAACCCGAGCUGUCAAACCCGAUGACUACUGCAAACUGCCCCGGGAAUGAGGAGCUGGACUUCAGACUGAUAUUCGGAGAGGAAGGGCAGCAGCAACCGUUAGGCCCCGCAGAUCUGGAGCCUGAUGACAACACAUCAUUUUAUAUCCUGAAUGUGGGCCAGCCUCAGUCUGUGGUCAGUAACCACCAGUCUAUGAGCUUGCCUCGCCAUGGCAUGCCAUCUCACUCCCCGAUCAUCAACACUUCACGCCUUCAGACACAAAAACCAGGAUCUGAGCCCCCGAGCUAUGAUACACAAGACUCUAAGUAUGGUACCUCCCCCAUGCUGCCUUCUGCUCCUGUGGAGGCACCAAAGGCCUUUGAGUGCCCAAGUAUCCAGAUCACAUCCAUCUCCCCAAGCUGCCCGCAGGAGAUGGAUGCUAACCAGGAGGAUCUAAGGGCCAAUGGCCCUGACGGGGACUACCAUAGUGACAGGCCCUUGUCCAGGGACCACCUGUAUUUGCCACUGGAUCACUCCUACCGGGAUUCUUCUCUCAGCCCUAGUCCAUGCAGCAGCCUCUCAUCUAGGAGCUGGUUCUCUGAUGCGUCCUCUUGUGAAUCAUUUUCACAUGUCUAUGAUGAUGUUGACUCAGAGCUGAAUGAAGCAGCAGCCCGCUUUAACCUGGGCUCCCCUCUCACUUCCCCGGGCUGUCCCUCUCCUCAAACUGGUGGAGGUGGAGUUAUGGAGGAGCAGCCCCACUGGCAGCACCACCAGCCCACAUUUGUACACCAGUCCCACUCCAUCAGCUUGUCUCCUAGACAGUCGCCCUGCCACUCGCCGCGCACCAGUGUCACUGAUGAGAAUUGGCUCAGCCCACGUCCACCUUCCAGGCCUUCCUCACGUCCCACCUCACCCUGUGGGAAGAGGCGUCACUCUAGCGCUGAUAUUUGCUAUCCUGGCUCUUUAUCUCCCCAUCACUCACCCACACCCACGCCGGGACCUUCACCUAGGGGCAGCGUGACAGAGGACACUUGGGUUGGCAGUCCUUCUGUAGGCAUGUCACCAUUUCAGUGCUGCCCAUCAGAGGCAGACAUCCCUUCCAAGACCAGAAAGACCUCACAGGACAGAACAACUAUGCAGACCGGGAAAGGGGAACUGGGACUAGAUGACCAGGGAAAUAUGUCUCCUAAUCUAGACUCCCCUUCAGACGAGGCCUUGCACAGCUUGAAGAAGGAUGGGCCUGCUGAACAGUUCCUCUCGGUGCCCUCGCACUUCUCAUGGAAUAAACCCAAGCCUGGUCAUACACCUAUAUUCAGGACCUCUUCACUGCCUCCUCUAGAUUGGCCGCUGCCAAGCCAGUUUGGCCAGUAUGAACUGAAGAUAGAGGUACAACCCAAAGCCCACCACAGAGCACACUAUGAGACUGAAGGCAGCCGAGGGGCCGUCAAAGCAGCAUCCGGUGGCCAUCCAGUUGUAAAGCUAAUUGGCUACAAUGAGAAGCCCAUCAACCUGCAGAUGUUCAUUGGAACAGCAGAUGACCGUUACUUGAGGCCGCACGCCUUCUACCAGGUGCACCGGAUCACCGGGAAAACCGUAGCCACAGCCAGCCAAGAAAUUAUGGUCUCAAGCACCAAAGUUCUCGAAAUUCCUCUCCUCCCUGAAAACAACAUGUCAGCCAGUAUUGACUGUGCUGGCAUACUUAAGUUGCGGAACUCAGACAUUGAGCUGCGGAAGGGGGAGACGGAUAUCGGAAGAAAGAACACACGGGUCCGCGUGGUGUUCAGAGUGCACAUCCCUCAACCCAAUGGGAAGGUGCUGUCGCUGCAGGCUGCCUCCAUUCCCGUGGAGUGUUCCCAGCGGUCAGCUCAGGAACUACCCCAGGUGGAGAAAUCCAGCCUGACCAGCUGUCUGGUCAGCGGGGGAGAAGAGAUGGUCAUCACUGGUGCCAACUUUUUCCCAGAGUCUAAGGUCAUCUUCCUGGAGAAAGGCCCUGAUGGACGACCACAGUGGGAAGUUGAGGCAAAAAUAAUCCAUGAGAAAACUCAAGGUUCAUGCAUUGUGGUGGAGGUCCCUCCGUACCACAGUAAGAGCGUGAGCUCAGCCGUGCAGGUGCAGUUCUAUGUCUGCAAUGGCAAGCGGAAAAGGAGCCAAUCACAACGCUUCACUUACCUUUCAGUUAUGGUUAAACAGGAGCACAGAGACGAGCUGGACCUUCCUGCGGUACCUCCUAUUUCCAUGCCCCGGGCACCUGCUGGCAGUCUGGUGUGCACCCAGCUGCCUUCUCCUGAGCUGGGCCACCCAUCGGAUAACCUUCUGUCCAGCUCCCCUCACGGCCUGGCCACGGGCUCCGGACCUGGCCUGCUACCCGUGCAGACCCCCUGCCCCUCCCUGGGCUCCCCAUCUUUCCAGCACCUGCCUCAGCUCCAGGGUCGCAUUUUGCAUCACCCCCCUGCAGACUGCCAAAUGACGUACCACCCGAACUCUGCUCCCCCUCCGCUUUCUGUUCCUCCUCAUUCUUCCUACCAGCCCAUGCAGCACAGUCAUGGUCACAGCCUGCCCUUCAACGGCCAGCCCAGCCUUUCUCCUCAGGGCUAUGAGAGGAUGCCAUUUCAGCAGAGCCCCAGUGCAACAUCACACCCAAUGGGCAUGGGAAUGUUGUACCCCUCCUCCCCUUGUUCCUCACCAACCGCUCCAUCCUCUUCAACAACCAACCCCAUUGAGGGUUCCCCACAGAGCCAGCAACCCCUCUUUACUCCCUCAUGCUCACAUCUCCAAACGCUGGGAAGCUAUCACUGCUCUCCCACCCAGGUGCCCUCCCCAGGUGGACACCCCCUAACAGGGCAGCACUCCACACCACUGCAAAGGGCCAUGGGCUAUCACCCAGUUAGUCAAAGAUCAGCAUCCUGUCCCACAACGUCCAGCGCCCCUCCUCCAAGGAUGGUCCCCUCUCCCCACUCUGGGCCUUCUUCUCCUCAGCUCCACUCAUUGCCGUACCAGUCUCCCACCUCAUCUUCACCCACCUCAGGCGGCAGUCCUCUGGGGCCCCUCCAACAGCAACAUUCAGGACAACUUUCUCCCCAGGCUACAAGCCCAGUCAUGACUAGCCUUUCUCCAGCAGGAGUGGGGCCUCUGGUUCAUCCUCUAAGCCCUCAGGGGCCCUUCCAAUCAGAUGGGGAGAGGCUGAGUAUUAAACAGGAGCCAGAGGACAGGGAGCCCACCUUCCGCUCCAUUGGCUUACAGGACAUCACACUGGAUGAUGUGAAUGAGAUCAUCGACAGAGACAUGUCCCAGUCCCCCAACCAGUCGUAGCUCGGCCCUUGCGCCAAUCCCCUGCAACUCGUAAAUCCUGCCACUUCCUCACCUCCGGUAUGGACCCAGGUGCCGGUCCGGGUGCUGGUCCUGAUGGAAGAAGGGGGUUGAAGAGAGACGAUUGUUGUCAACGGCUGAAUACAGUUGGGAGAGUCUGUUCCAAACCACAAGGAUUUGCAAGUUCACCAGCCUGAAGAAGACACUCCUCUGAUUUCUUUUAAAACUGUUUGUCCUGUGUAGAGAACUUGAUGCUGAACUAUACAGAUUAAAAAAACAAUGUGAGCAGGAGGAUGUUGUAGCCAUGCCAAGUUGGAGCCAGGGGUAAAAACUGUCAGAGAACAAUAAGAAACCGUUAAAAAAAAAACUUUUUCUUCAGCUCUUUAAUGAUCAGGGUUGUCUGUGACCCUUUGUUAGGUGUGCGUAUGACCCUUCAAAGCACCCAGUCUUCCUGACCAAUCAGUUCUCACCUCUGUGAGUCUUGAGCACUCACCUUUUUUAAGUUUAUCUACAAGAGACAACUUAAUGCGCUGUCGUCGCCCUCUCACCAGCAUUGACCUUCGUGAAUGAAGACUUUUCUUAUGAGAAUAAGAGAUGCUCAGUAGUGCACAAUCACAGUGAGCCAGAAGGCUGUGGCAGUGCUCUCAGUGUUGCCAGUUUCUCAGGCAACACUCUUAAGCACCAGGGUGCUAUAAAAUAUUCAGGGUUAAUUGAACAUCAGCAAAAGUGUGGCAGAACAAUUAAGAGGUGAAAUUGGCUUAAUAAUGAUCAGAACACCCAUAAUUAUUUCAGAAAAAGCUUUGCUAGCCAAGCUUUGCUGUCAGGCUGAGUGAGUAAAAUUUGCUGUAAUGAUGAUGUCCACUCUUUUUUUUUUUUUUUUUUUUUUUCUUCCUUCUUUCCCCUCCUGUAAAUGAUGAAAAUAUUCAGAUUUAGAGGAGCGGGGUCCUGGCAGGUAGAACGAGCUCUUGUGGCACCGGUCUCUUUCGGAUCUGCAACAUUCCACAACUUUUUGUAAUCUUGCAGCCGUGUAGAUAUCUGUACAUUAAUUCCCAUACACCACCACCACCAUACCCUAUCUUUUCUUCUCCUUUCUCCUCUGUUUCUCUGCCUUCUUCACAUUGAACAAAUGCCUUAUUACCAGUUAGGAGCUUUCAGUGGUGGCGAAAGCUUUUUGUUUUUGUUGUUUUGCACAGCAGGCUUUAAGUUUAACUGUUUCAGAAACAGAUAUGGAGCUCGGAUUAUGCGGAUGUGAUUUCAGGAAUCCCGAUGAGGGAGAGUUGGAAGAUGCAUGAAGAUGCAGAUUAUUUUGGUGUUAGAGAGAAGUUUUUUCAUUGGUCCACAGACACAGAGCUUUCUGCCUCUGAAAUUUCCCCAAAUCUCCCAGGGCCCUUUGUGUGCCUUCAGUUUCCUAACAGCAGUCAUACUUCUAGUGGUAUGAGAGCUGAGGCGGCAAUUAUGAGAAAGUAUUUAUGCAUAAAAAUGUUUAUGUAUUGCACCCUGUUUAGCAAUGAAAGCUGAAAUCCAGGACUCCAGAAAACAGGAAUCGGAUGUAUCGGGGGGUAUCCCACAUCCCUCUAUUAAAAACAAUCAGUCUUUGCUGAUAACAAUCCAAGACUCCUCCUCCAUCGUUUCCAGGAUUUAUUCAUUCCCAUUCUUUCUCUCCUCUCAGAUGUGCAGUGCCUGUACGGCGGCAAUAACAAACCUGAGGAAAGGGCAUUUUCAGGCAGGUUUUUAGUCAGAUAUGACGUGGAUGUGAACAGACGGAUACUGAUUUUGAUUUGAAGAUUUCCACUGGUUUCUGCCUUAAGCUUGACAAGGGUGAGGAGAGCUCAGGAGUGUUUUCUUUAAUUAUGGUUUGAAGUGAGUUUCCAGGUGAAAAUGAUUAUGCUAUGCAUUCAGACUCUGCCUAAUGCCUUUACAUAAGAAAAAAGACAAAAAAAAGACCUUGAUGCCUGUAGGAGUAGACUGUAGAUGUGUUUUAGAUGCUUGAUUGAUUCCGUUAGCAUCCUGGAUUCGUCCAUCAGCCAACCUGCCUUGCCGAGGACGCGGUGCAAGCAUCUUAAUAGGUUCAGUUCUGAGUGAGUGUGCAGAUGAGUGUUUGAUGUUCGUACCAAAUAUGCUGUACAGAAGACAGGAAUCUUAAGAGUCCUACUUUCAACAAGAGAAGCACACACAUGUAUUUUAGGCUAUGCAAAUUGUAACAACAGCAAAUGUGAGAUAUGAUGUUAUAUAUGAGAAAGGAGAUUAUAAAAUAGUUGUAAAGUCGCUUAUGAACUUCACAGAGAAAAAAACCCCUGAACCUUCAGAUAGUGCGAGUAUCAUGUCACUAUGUAAACUAUUAGAAUGCCUUAACUCUUGUUUGAAAACCAGUUUUCAGUGUGUCUGUAUGCUGUUCUGGGUUGUUGUUAUUUUUCUAUGCGUAAGACAUAAGUCGGUAACUAUUAUUAUUAUUUUUGUUUGAUUUUUUUUUUUAGGGGGAAUUGUGGACUUUAAGGGUGGGGUGGGAGGAAAAAGAUGUUUUGGGCUUUUUUUUUUUCUUUUUUUUUUUUCCCAUAAAGCCGGUUCUGCAGUUUGAAAGAUGCGAGUCUACAAAAAAACACGAAAUAAAACAAACAAAAAAACCCAUAAAAUUUUUUUUAAAAUAUAUAAUAAAAAAAACCUAAAAAGAAGCAAAACCAGCAUUGACAGUAAACUCUGGCUGCUGCCCUCGUCUGUCAUAACCAAAGACCGAACAAUAUGUUCCCACUUUACAUAAUAGUAAAGCAACAGAGACUGUACAACUCUAUUUUUGAUACUUUGAAAUGGAUGUCAUUCCUAAAAAAGGGUGGGGACAUGAGCGUC